ACCUCAGCUUGUUCCAUUCGAAUGAACACAUAGUGAUUUCGGUGGUGUUUUAAAUAAAAAGAAUAUUUAUAAAAAAAAUUAAAUAAAUUAUAAAUAAAAAAUAUACAAAAUGAAAUUCUUUGUUGCUACAACUUGUGUGCUUUUAUUAGCUUCCGGCAUCCUUGCCAAUCCCGCUGCCACUAAGGAUAACAGUGGUGAACAAACAAGUGCCUUUGCCCACUGCUUGGAAUCUGACUCAAUUUCGUGUUUACAAUUAACGCUCUUCCGUAAAGCCAGAUCCAUCUUCGAAAAUCCCCAAAUUGAAUUGUUCGGUGGUGUCUCUUUGAUCAAGGCUAAUGAAGGUCGUCAAGGUAAAUCUUUGGAUGAAAGUGCUCGUGCCGUAGAAGCUGCUCCCAGCAUUGAAGCCCGCAACUCUGAAAUCGGCAAUUAUAUGUUAACCAAUGCCAAGAACUUCUUUGCUGAACGCUCAUUGAACUUCAACUUUGCCAAUGCUGCCCGCUCUGUUGCCCGUGCCAUUCCCGAUGACAUCAAGGCUGAUUUACGUGAAUUGGUUGUUGAAUCCCGUACCAAGAAGAAGAAGUUGAUCAAGAAAUUCUUGCCAAUCUUGUUGGGUGUCGGUGCUAAGGUUGCUGUUUUGGCUGUUGGUGCUAUCUUCGGUUUGUUGUUCUUGGCCAAGAAGGCUCUCGUUGUCUCCGUUAUUGCCUUCUUCUUGGCCUUGGCUGCCGGUGCUAGCAGUGGCUUGAGCCGUAUCGGUGGUGGAUCCGGUGGUCUUUUGGGCGGUCUCGGUGGUUUGUUCGGUGGCAAGAGCUCUGGUGCUGCUACCUCUGGUGCUAGCUCUGGUGGUUGGUCCUCCGGCGGUGGUGCUCCUACCGGCGGUUGGUCUUCUGGCAGCAGCUCCGGCUGGGAUACCCAUGGUGCCUACAGCUCUCCCGUUGCCCAAACCAUUGCUUACUCCGGCUACAAGCAAGCCAGACGAUAAGCUUUUUAAGAAACUUUUGUUUCUUUUAGGGUAAUAAUUAUUAUAUAUAUAUUUCGAACAAAUUGAAAAAAAGCAACAAACACAUCUAGGAACUUUAACGAAAAUUUUUAAAAAACACAGAACGAAAUAAUUUAUUUAAUUAUUAUAAUUUAUUUUUAUUUAUUUAAUUUAUUAUUAUUUUAAUUUAUUGCAUGAAAACAAAACAAAAAAAAAAUCUUAAAAAAGUGCCUUAAAACAAAAUAUGAGAAUUUGUUGAAAUGUACAAACAAUCUUUUGUUGGGUUUUCAAGUAGAAAAUCUUUUACAAAAACCAUAUUUCCAAAAUGAUUUGAUAUUCUCAAACACAAUUAUGUUAGAUUAAGCUUUAAAAUUUUAACAUAAUUGGAACAACUUUUUGUUGAAAAAUCUUUAAAAUGUUCUAUUAAAAUUAAUCAUUUCUUUAAUUUACAGCUGAAGAAACUAAUUCACAAAAUGCAUGAAUACUAGUCAAGCAUAAUGUGUAUUGAAAAUCUUAAAUCAUACUCCUACACUCAAUCUAUCCUAAACUAUUACAUUCUUUCUAUUUCUAACAACUCUUUCUAUUUAUCUAUCUAUCUUUCUCUCUAUCUGUUAAUCUAUACAAUUUAACUCUUUAUCUAUUCUAUUCUAUUACUAUUUCUUUAAAUUUUACUCUUAUUUCUAUUGCUUUACCAAAAAAAUCUAUUUUUCUAUCUUUCUAUCUAACCAUUUGAAAACAUCUACAAAAGAAACGAAAAAAAUACAAACUCAUGACUUUUUCUAAAAAAAAAAAACUACAAAAUCUCUUUAUUUCUUUUUAUAUUUUCUAAAUUUAACAAAACUUUUUUAAACUUUACGAAAUUCAUUAACACUUUUCGUCAUUUCAUCUACAGCAGCAGAAACUUUCUUUUCAUGCCAUUUUUUAAAUAUUUAAAAAAUUUUUAAAACUUAGCAUCAUCAUCAUAAAUACAAAUUGUCAUUUAAAUGUUUAAUUAUUUUCUAUAGAAAAAAAUAUUAUUUUUUAAAAUUAGCCUUUAACAUUUCAUCAACACCUUCUAAUGAACCUUUUCUUAUGCAUGUUUAUUUGUUUAGUUUUCCUUAAAAAAACUUCUGCUAAUAUUUCACUUCUCUUCUCAUUAACAAACUUAUGACUUUUUCAGUUUCUUUUCUUGUUACAAUUUUUUUCUUAAUUUUCUGUUUUUAAUUUCUUUUUGCCUGCUGCCAUUAUAUCAACAUAUUAUUUUCAUUAAACUGUCAUUACUUUUUAUAUCACCUUUAAAAGUUCAUUUCAGCCUACAUUAUUUUCAAGCAAAAUAACUUUAGAAAUAUUUCUUUAACACCUUUUGAUACUUAGAAGAAAAAACCUAAACUCUUCUUCAUUUUUUUCAUUUUUAUCUAAUUUGCAUGCUCUACACUUCUUCAUUCCUUCCUUUACCAUCUUUUGCAUUAAUUCUAUAAACAAUAUUUUAAUUUCUCUUUUCAUAACAAAAAAAAAAUUGUUUGAAAUUCUUUCUGUCACUUCUCUUUCGGUAUCUAUCUUUAACCCUGACACCAGUAUCUCUAUCUAUAUUUUUCCUUUAACCACUUGCAGCUUGAAAACACUUGAAAACCUAUUUGUCAUAUUUUUCUUUUUUUGUGUAUAAUACGAAUAAAAAAGCGAAUUACUUUGCAUUUUAAUUACAUUA